AUGGAUUCUCGAGACCCUAAACCGGUGGACAUCGACGCGAAGUCGAUCAUCUCUAUGCAAGAGCUGGAUCCUUCCCCUGUGCACGAGGACUUGGGAGACCCGAGCGUGGAACUCGGAGCAGGCGAAUAUUUCCCCAGACCAGAAGAGAAGCGAUCGAGGACAUGCGGCUUCCCAAGACCGGUGCUGGGUCUUCGGCCUCAUCGAUGGGAUGCACUUCUUUCCGGCCUUCAAAAGUACUCUACAUACCCUCCCACGGUAUUCUCUUUUCUCCACUUUGUGAACACCUCCUUGAUCCCGCUGGCGACUCGCUCUGUGCCCGCUAGCGAGUCGUAUCUUCUACUCACGCGACCAAUUUACCAAGCGCCCGGAUUGGAGCACAUCUUCUUGACGAUCCCCAUCAUCACGCAUAUUGUCUCUGGCAUUGCUCUUCGAAACAUCCGUGGCUCGCGGCGCGCUCGCCUGUAUGGCGCAGAGACUCGCGCUCAACGAAGUCUUCUAUCGUCUUGGCCUAGGGUUUCCCUCCAAGCCCGCGCUGGAUACAUACUGGCACCACUGCUCUGUCUGCAUGUGCUUGUCAACCGCGCUACCCCAUUAUUGAUUGAGGGUGGUAGCUCUGGCGUGGGACUCGGGUAUGUGGCCCAUGGUAUCGCGCGCAGCCCAGUGUUCUGGAAUAUCUUCUAUCUGAUGUUUGUCACUUCAAGUGUCUGGCACUUUGUGGGAGGAUGGGCCACUUGGAUGGGCUGGAGGGUCACUACUGCCCGCACUGAUCGUAGACACACGAGCAAAGGCUCGCUGGAAGGUCUUUUGGGAAGUUCGGAGAGCGUUGACCGCACUAGGCGACAGCGCAAGAUGUGGUGGACUGUCAAUGGCAUCGCGGUAGCUGGAGCAGCAUUCUGGCUUGCUGGUGCCCUUGGAAUUGUCGGCCGUGCUGGUCUUGCUGCGGGUUGGGAGGCUCAAGGGUGGAAUAACAUGUACAGUCACGUUCCAGUGAUUGGCGCGUGGCUGUGA